CCCUCAAGAUAAAAAGUAAACAAGGCACACCAGCAUGCACUGAGAGCGUUGACUUCUUACUAACUCCACUUGGGAAACUAAAGAAGGAAACUCCAACGACAGCAUCAGGUGAUCAAGUAAGAGUGACUUAAACCAAAUAAGAGGCAGAGACAUUGAGGAAAGCGACCUCCUACUCAGCCGAAGUAAUAAAAUGAAUUCUGACUCCAGCUCUGUCUCUAGCAGAGCGUCUUCGCCAGAAAUGGAUGGGAUGUAUCUCCGAGACCACCACCUGCAAGACGGCCGGCUCAGCUCGGUGUCUUCCACUCAGAGCGAGCUCCUGCAGAAGAUGACGAGCGAGCACCUGUCCCGGAACGGGGAGAAAGCGACGGGAGGGAGCAAGUACAAACUCAAGAAGCAGGCCUCGGAGCAGGAGAUGCAGCAGCUCAGGCUGAAAAUCAACGGGCGGGAGCGCAAGCGCAUGCACGACUUGAACCUGGCCAUGGACGGGCUCAGGGAGGUGAUGCCCUACGCGCACGGCCCCUCGGUGAGGAAGCUCUCCAAAAUCGCCACCCUGCUGCUCGCCCGAAACUACAUCCUGAUGCUCACCAGCUCGCUGGACGAGAUGAAGAGGCUGGUGGGCGAGAUUUACGGCGGGCACCACUCCGCCUUUCACUGCGGAUCAGUCGGUCACGCCGGCAGUCACGCCGGGAACCCUAGCCACCAAGUGCACCCGCUCCUCGGUAGCGCGCUGUCUUCCACCACCUCGUCCACGCUCUCCACGACUUUGCCGGGACUUACCUCCAUCCGAAGCCCCCAUUCCCUGCUGAAGACUCCCCCUACACCGCCACUCCAGCUGGGCGGCGGUUUCCAGCACUGGGCAGGUUUACCUUGCCCGUGCACGAUCUGCCAAGUUCCCCCCCCUCCACACCUCUCUGCCUUAACCUCCACCGGCCUGACGAGACUCUCAGCGGAGAACAAGGACGUAUUGAAAUAAACGAGGACUGCCGGGUCAAGGGCGGAUAAAGACUAAAAAGUGUUACUCUGCGUGUCGUUCUUCAAGGGGAUUUUAAACCGGACGGGGAAGAAUCCAACGUUAUUUUGCAUGCUUUUGAAAAACGUGAUCUACCGUUUUUUUUGACAUUACCAAACCUACAAGCUUUUUUCCUUGUAACAAGGAUUUGGUCUGAAAACAUAUAAUUUUUCCAAGGUAACUGUUUUCUGCUGGUUAUUUAGUGUCUCAGCUUCCGAAGUUUCUCGUUCUGUCACCGUUUACUAAAACGCCUCAUAAGAUGUAAAUACGUGUCUUCUUCUAAAAACGCCAGGCCUCGGCUCUCCCGAAUAUUGGGUGACUGGAGAUGAGCGAGGUAACUCCCGCGCCCCAAUAUUGUUAAAUUGAACACAAUCAAACCGAGCUGUAAGAGACGGGAAAACGUGAAGAGGCUGCAUGCAGCUUUAAGCCGAAUCUUUCUGUAACAGGCGUAGUUUUGCUGGAUUUAAGAAUGCGUUGGUUUCCUUGUAACAAGGAUUUGAAAUUGCAUUCUGCAAGCAAAAAAAUAUUUCCCUGGGUGUAUAUAUUUCCAGAUAAGAAAACAGAGCAAGCUAUAUUAUUUCUUCAGUGUUAUUGUUCAAUGCUGAUGACAGUUUCUAUUUCAGUGAUGUACUUGUGUCCAUUUGUAUGUUUUGUUUGACUUUUUCCAGCUUCUGUGGUUACACUUGCUACAAGGCAUGUUUGAUUUUGUUGGAAAUAUUUUGUUAUGCCCAGAGACAACCUUUUGUCUUUAUUUUUGUACAUUCCUGACGAUU